GGCCACGCCCCUUCGGCCGGCUGUUUUCCACCGCGGUCGCGCUGUCGCGGGGCGGCGGGGUGGGUUCCUUCGGAUGCGACCUCCGUCCCGGUGGCUCGCAGCUGCUCUGCGACGCGACAGGCCCGGCGCGUGAGCGGCGAGGCGCGCGCCGACGCCGGCCGCCUUCCCUCCCCCUCGCCACCUCCUCCGCCUCCCCCUCAGGAAACGACAGCUGCGCGGGGCUGGCGCCGCCUCCCGCCACCUACCACGUCCGCCCGGCCGUCGCCCGGCGCCCCAGCCCGGCCGCGGCGCUCCCCGCCUCUCCGCUAGCCCAGCCGGCGGCUCUGCCCGGCUGCCGCUCAGCAUGAACAUCAUGGAUUUCAACGUGAAGAAGCUGGCGGCCGACGCGGGCACUUUCCUCAGCCGGGCCGUGCAGUUCACAGAGGAAAAGCUUGGCCAAGCAGAGAAGACAGAACUGGAUGCUCACCUGGAAAAUCUCCUCAGCAAGGCGGAGUGCACCAAAGUGUGGACAGAAAAGAUAAUGAAGCAGACUGAGGUGCUGUUGCAGCCAAAUCCAAAUGCCAGGAUAGAAGAAUUUGUUUAUGAGAAACUGGACAGAAAAGCGCCAAGUCGUAUAAACAACCCAGAACUUUUGGGACAGUAUAUGAUUGAUGCAGGCACUGAGUUUGGCCCAGGGACAGCUUAUGGUAAUGCCCUUAUUAAAUGUGGAGAAACGCAGAAGCGAAUUGGAACAGCUGACAGAGAGCUGAUUCAAACAUCAGCCUUAAAUUUCCUCACUCCUUUAAGAAACUUUAUAGAAGGGGAUUACAAGACAAUCGCAAAAGAAAGGAAGCUAUUACAGAAUAAGAGACUGGAUUUGGAUGCUGCAAAAACAAGACUAAAAAAGGCAAAAGCUGCAGAAACUAAAAGUUCACAACUAAACUCCGCCCGCCCUGAAGGAGAUAACAUUAUGGUAAAUUUCUCUUACAUGCUCAACUUCCUGCAUGUAAAAUGGCUGAAGAUUUGGGCAGAGGAAGUGACAAAAUCUGAACAGGAAUUAAGAAUAACUCAAAGUGAAUUUGAUCGUCAGGCAGAGAUUACCCGUCUUCUGCUGGAAGGAAUCAGCAGUACACACGCUCAUCAUCUCCGCUGUCUGAAUGACUUUGUAGAAGCCCAGAUGACUUACUAUGCACAAUGUUACCAGUACAUGUUAGACCUACAAAAACAACUGGGAAGUUUUCCAUCCAAUUAUGUUUCUAACAACAAUCAGACUUCUGGGACACCUGUGCCGUAUACUUUGUCAAAUACCAUUGGUCCUUCUGCUGUGGCUUCAACAGGUAGCCUGGUAAUCACCUGUCCUCCUAACCUCAGUGACCUUAAAGACUCCAGCAGCACCAGGAAGGCCAGGGUGCUGUACGAUUAUGACGCUGCCAACAGUACAGAGCUGUCACUCCUGGCAGACGAGGUAAUCACUGUGUUCAGUGUCGUUGGAAUGGACUCCGACUGGCUAAUGGGGGAGAGAGGAAAUCAGAAGGGCAAGGUGCCAAUUACCUACUUAGAGCUUCUCAAUUAAUUUAGGGAGACCAUGAGAGGUUGCCCAUCAUGACACCAUAUUUAUAUAAAUAACUCUAAAGCAGGUUUAAAUACUUUCAAUGUUAAAGUCACAAGAGACUGAAAAAGAAAAAUUACAAGCCAUCAGAAACUGGCUGUUUGCCAAUAAACCUGCAUGGUUAAUCCUUCAUUACAGAAUUUAUGUUAGCGAUUUCAUGACAAGAAUGUUUUCUUAAACAGUUCUCUUUUUACUGAGGUUUCACUAACAAACAAGUUCUACUUUUGAGCCCCAACUUAAAAACAAAAGGAUUCUUUUCUACUGAAUUUUUCAUUAACAGCGAGCUUUUUCUUUUAUGCAAAAUAAAUUUAUUGUGCAUGA